AUCAACUACGGCACCAAGGGCAAAGUCCGGCUCCCCGCUCUGCACAUCGCCGCUCGCAACGACGACACGCGGACCGCCGCGGUUCUCCUACAGAACGAUCCCAAUGCGGAUGUACUCAGCAAGACUGGUUUCACACCUCUCCAUAUCGCAGCCCACUAUGAGAACAUGAGCGUAGCCCAGCUGCUGCUGAACAGAGGAGCCAACGUAAACUUCACACCCAAGAAUGGCAUCACACCCCUUCAUAUAGCUGCCAGGAGGGGAAACGUGAUGAUGGUCAGACUGCUGCUGGACAGAGGGGCACAGAUUGAUGCCGUAACAAAGGAUGAGCUGACUCCUCUCCACUGUGCAGCCAGGAAUGGUCACGUCCGCAUUAUUGAGCUCCUGCUGGAACAUGGAGCUCCCAUCCAGGCUAAAACCAAGAACGGUCUGUCCCCCAUCCACAUGUCAGCUCAGGGGGACCACAUGGACUGUGUGAAGCAGCUGCUGCAGUACAGUGCCGAGAUUGAUGACAUCACGCUGGACCAUUUAACCCCUCUUCAUGUAGCAGCCCACUGUGGUCACCACCGCAUGGCCAAGGUCCUACUGGACAAGGGGGCCAAAGCCAAUUCACGUGCUCUGAAUGGCUUCACACCUCUCCACAUCGCUUGCAAGAAGAACCACAUGCGGUCCAUGGACCUGCUGCUGAAGCACUCCGCCUCCUUAGAAGCUGUCACAGAGUCUGGUCUCACUCCUCUUCAUGUAGCAGCUUUCAUGGGUCAUCUGAACAUCGUGAAGAACUUGCUCCAAAGAGGAGCUUCACCUAAUGCUUCCAAUGUGAAAGUGGAGACUCCCCUGCACAUGGCCUCCAGAGCAGGACACUGUGAAGUCGCUCAGUUUCUGCUGCAGAACUCUGCGCAAGUGGAUGCGAAGGCGAAGGACGAUCAGACGCCUCUGCACUGUGCCGCCCGUAUGGGCCACAAGGAGCUCGUCAAGCUGCUGCUCGAGCACAACUCAAACCCCGACUCAGCUACAUCUGCAGGCCACACUCCUUUACACAUAGCUGCACGUGAAGGACACGUGCACACCAUUCGAAUACUGCUGGAUGCUGGAGCGCAGCAAAUCAAGAUGACGAAGAAGGGCUUCACUCCCCUCCACGUGGCCUCGAAGUAUGGAAAGGUGGACGUGGCAGAACUCCUUCUGGAGAGAGGUUCCAACCCAAACGCAGCCGGCAAGAACGGUCUGGCACCCCUUCAUGUGGCCGUCCAUCACAACAACCUGGAUGUUGUGAGACUUCUGGUCAGCAAGGGAGGAUCUGCACACAGCACAGCUCGAAACGGCUACACUCCCCUGCACAUAGCCGCCAAGCAGAACCAGAUGGAGGUGGCCAGUUGUCUGCUGCAGAACGGGGCUUCGCCCAAUUGCGAGUCCCUCCAGGGCAUCACGCCCCUGCACCUGGCCUCACAGGAGGGGCGGCCUGACAUCGUGGCUCUGCUCAUCGCCAAACAGGCCAACGUGAAUCUGGGAAACAAGAGUGGACUGACCCCUCUGCACCUCGUGGCUCAGGAGGGUCACGUGGGCAUCGCCGACACACUGGUGAAACAGGGAUCGUCCGUUUACGCUGCUUCACGGAUGGGCUACACACCCCUUCAUGUGGCCUGUCACUAUGGCAACAUCAAGAUGGUGAAGUUCCUCCUGCAGCAGCAGGCUCACGUGAACAGCAAGACGAGGAUGGGCUACACCCCUCUCCACCAGGCGGCUCAGCAGGGCCACACCGACAUCGUCACCCUGCUGUUGAAAAACGGAGCCGAGCCGAAUGAGAUCACUUCGAACGGGACGUCUCCCCUGGGCAUCGCCAAGCGACUCGGUUACAUCUCCGUCAUCGACGUGUUGAAGCUGGUUACCGAGGAGUCCGUCUCUGCGAUCACUACAGAGAAGCAUCGGAUGAGUUUCCCUGAGACGGUGGAUGAGAUACUGGAUGUCUCAGAGGAUGAAGGGGACGAGCUGCUCGGGAUGGACGGAGCUCGCUACUUGAAGCUCGAUGACUUCAAGGACCAGGACGAUGACUUCCUCUCGCCGAAGAAGACUAUGAGAGACUUUGAGGGAGGCAUCGGAACCACGCCCUAUUCUCCUGCUAUACCCAGAAUCCCUUGUGUGUCGCCAGAGACAGUUAUGUUGGAUCAGCACACUCCCGUCCCGCUGCCGAAGGAGUACGAUGACGACUCUCUCAUCCCGAGCAGUCCCGCUACAGAGACCUCGGACAAUGUCAGCCCUGUGGCCAGCCCCAUCCACACGGGCUUCCUGGUGAGUUUUAUGGUGGAUGCUCGGGGCGGCUCCAUGCGAGGCAGCAGACACCACGGCCUCAGGGUCAUCAUCCCUCCUCGGACCUGCGCCGCGCCCACGCGCAUCACGUGUCGUCUGGUCAAACCGCAGAAACUGACCACGCCUCCUCCACUGGUGGAAGGGGAGGGGCUCGCGAGCCGCAUCAUCUCCCUGGGACCGUCCAGUAUGCAGUUCCUAGGGCCUGUGAUCGUGGAGAUCCCACACUUUGCCUCCCUGGGCCACGGUGACCGGGAGCUGGUGGUGCUGCGCAGCGAGAACGGCUCCGUCUGGAAGGAGCAUCGCAACCGCUAUGGAGACGAGGUGCUGGAAACUAUUCUGAACGGCAUGGAUGAAGACCUGGAGAGUCACGACGAGCUGGACAAGAAGAGAAUCCGCCGCAUCAUCUCCACCGACUUCCCUCUCUACUUCGCCGUGGUCUCCCGCAUUCAGCAGGAGAGCGACCUGAUCGGGCCGGAGGGCGGCCGGCUCACCAGUAAGCUGGUGCCCCGCGUCGACGCCAUCUUCCCCGAGACGGCCGUCACCAAGAGAGUGAGGCUGGGCCUGCAGGCGCAGCCAAUCCCUGACGAGCUGCUGACGCGGCAGCUUGGCAACCAGGCGACCUUCAGCCCGGUGGUGACCAUCGAACCACGCCGACGCAAAUUCCACCGUCCAAUCGGGCUGCGCAUCCCACUGCCACCGUCCUGGAGGGAGAGUCCUCGGGACGCAGGGGAGGGCGAUACCACCAGCCUGCGUCUCCUCUGCAGUGUCAUUGGUGGAACUGCACCAGCUCAGUGGGAGGACAUCACUGGGACCACAAAGCUGAUGUACGCUCAUAACUGUGCCAACUUUACCACCAACGUGUCUGCAAGGUUCUGGCUGGCAGACUGUCCUCGCACAGCGGAGGCCGUGACCUUUGCCAACCUGCUGUACCGGGAGUUAAUGUCCGUGCCGUACAUGGCCAAGUUUGUCAUUUUCGCCAAGAUGAACGAAGCGCGGGAGGGGCGUCUGCGCUGUUACUGCAUGACGGACGACAAGAUGGACAAGACGCUUGAGCUGCACGAAAACUUCACCGAGGUGGCCCGCAGUCGAGAUAUCGAGCUGAUGGAGGGCAUGCCGCUGCACCUCGAGUGUUCUGGGAACCUCGUGCCCAUCAGGAAGGCCACGCAGCAGCCCCGCAGCUUCAGCUUCCAGGCCUUCAGGGACAACAGGCUGCCCGUCUCUGUCAAGGUCAGAGACAGCAACAAGGAGGCUGCUGGCUUUUUAUCCUUUCUGCGGAAGUGCACCAAGUACGAGGACACGCAGCACGUUCUGUGUAACCUUAACAUAACCAUGCCACCUUGUGUCAAGGUUGUUGGGAGUGAGGAGCGCAGGAGGACCUUAACCCCCCUCGCCCUGAGGGAGCGCUACAGUGCUCUGAACGAGCCGGGCCUGGCCACAGUGAAUGCCAUGGAGAGGACGGAGAUCAAAAUCAACAUGAUAUCUGAGCAGCUCGGUUUGAGUUGGGCAGAGUUGGCACGAGAGCUUCAGUUCGGCACGGACGACAUCAACCGGAUCCGUGUGGAGAAUCCCAACUCACUGCUGGACCAGAGCUCUGCCUUGCUCAACCUGUGGGCGGGCAGGGAAGGCAAAAGGGCCAAGAUGGAGAGCCUGUACACCGCCCUGAAGAACAUCGACCGGGCGGACAUCGUGACGUCCCUGGAGGGACAGGUCCAGCCUCCAGCGCCGUGCUUUCUGGACGAGGGCGCCUGUCGACUCAGCGACCGGGACUCCACUCUGCUGUCGCCCAGCGUCAGCAAUGGUUACAUGCUGGUGCAGGAAGAGCUUCUGUCCCCGGCCUCCAUGAUGUACAACCUGCCCUCCCCCCUGGGAGUGGAGCCCUUCUGGCAGGAAGUAUCCAGCCUCGAGUGUGCCCCCAUAGCCACCACAGAGGAAGACACAUUAAUGGAGAUGUCCGAUGUCCAGGUGUGGCCAGCAGGGGUCAGCCCCUCUCUGGUUACGGUGGAGGACUCAUCGCUAGACGGCAGCAGUCGUGCUGACGACUCGGAGGGCGCCACGCUGUCCCUCCCCUACAGCUUGGGUCGCCCGAGCAGUCGAGCCAGCGGGGCCAGCGGCUCCAUCAUGGAGCUGGAGGAGGAGGAGGAGGAGGAGGAGGAGGAUGAUGAGGAAGGGGAGGUUGAGGAGGAGGAGGCGCCACAGGAGCCGGCGAGUGUACUGGCAGAAAGGGACAGGGUCAGGGCCAGUGGCGCCGUACCCAAGGUCAACCUAAACGGCCAGCUGGGAGGUCAGAGGUCGGAUGGGAGAAGAGGGGAGGUCCUGGCGGCAGGAGGAGGAGCAAAGGGAGGAGGUGAAAGGCUGGGUUCAGUGGAAGGGAUUUCUGUUGUUGCAGGCCAGCAGGUGUACGCCCAGCGGGUUGAGGUGUCGGGACUGAGUCGGGCCAACGAGCAUAACGGAGACAAUCGGAUGAUCGGAGGCGGAGCCUUUCAACCCUACUUACCAGACAAGGACUCGCUGCAGGGCUGGGUCGGCUCAGUGACGUCGGCACCGGACGUCAGCGUGCGCGUGGCCCAGGAGGCUCUGCUGACUCCGAAGGAGAAGAAAGAGGUCCAUGCUGCUGAGGUUCAGUUUGCUGAUCAGCCCGGACAUGGGCUCGCUAGAAAAGACAGGAAACCCACUGCCAGAACACCCUCCAAAAAAACACAACCCGAGCGCAGAUGGAAAUGAGCAAACGAGGAGAGCAAGACAAAGACUGAGAAGUGCAAACUACAAAAAGACAAACACAAGAACCAUCCUCAAGGUGUGAAAACCUGGAAAAUCACAAAAGAAAAAAGAAGAGGAGAGAGAGAGAGAGAGAAAGAGAGAGAGAGA